AUGGUUGCACCACUUGUAUCUGAAUCGCAAAGUUCUAGUAUAGAAGAAACCGAUGAGCAACAGCAACAGUAUCAACAGCUUGCAAGAAGACGAACGAUACAGAGUGAUUUGGUAGAUAUUGAAGCUGAGUCAAUUUCCAGUGCAUUGCCUGAGGGAUUCAACUAUGAAAAAAAGACUACGGCAACUCGGUUUCUCGACAAAACUCAAAAAUACUAUCCAGUCAUACUAAAUAUAGUCCAUGGCGCAAUUUGGGGUGUGUUAGUUCGUAAAGGGUUGAUGCUGCUUACGACUUAUAGUGGGUCUUUCCUAUCUGGUGUGAUUUGGGCCAAUUUUGCAGCAUGUGUGGUUAUGGGAUUGGCCAUUGAUGGUGAAGUUUUUUGGAUUAGGUUGUUAGAGGAGAAAGAUUAUCCUAACAAAGGAGCAAUUCCUGUUUACACUGGUCUUACAACGGGGUUUUGCGGAACAGUCUCGUCGUUUUCCUCGGUAAUACUAGAGGCUUUCAAUAAAGCAGCAGACACUGAUAUUGGUGUGCGCCAUCACUAUCCCAAUGGUGCCUAUGGUAUUAUGCAAUUUCUUGCCGUGAUACUAGCACAAUUUGGAUUGUCGAUCAUGGGGUUCCAUAUGGGGAAACAGUUUCUGGCCGUUGUGGAUAAUUAUUUACCACUAGUUACCAAGCGUAUUUACAAGGUGUUGGAGCUCACCUCAAUGAUAUUGGGUGUUGUUCUUGUGGUGAUAACUUGUAUUUUAAUUGGGGUUAAGAAACAAGGUAGUUGGAGAAGUUGGACAUUCUCGAUGCUUUUCGCUCCGUUUGGCGCUCUUUUAAGAUACUACUUGUCCAAGUUUUUGAAUAAUAAGGUUUCAAACUUUCCGCUUGGUACAUUUACUGCCAAUUUUCUAGGAACGUUACUACUUGCGGUGUUCACACUUUUGGCAAGAGGUAAAUUGCCUGGCGGUAAAGGACAUAUUGUCACUAAUACCAUUGCAUUACAUGUUUUAGAAGGAUUAGAUGAUGGUUUUUGUGGUGGUUUGACGACUGUGAGUACAUUUGUGGUAGAGCUAUUUGGGUUGAAAACGUUAUUCAGCUAUAGGUAUGGAACGAUAUCAAUAUUGGUUUGUUUUGCGGGUGUUGUUCUUAUUUUGGGUUCUUAUAAUUGGAGUGUUGGACUUGACUGA